AAUAAUAAGACCGUGUUAGAAUAAUUUUUAUUAUCUAUAGCGUUCUAGUAAAUGUAAAUAGUAAAAUAAUACAUCAGUCUGUGUAUUUUCGUUGUUCUAAAAUCAGAAAUUUUCUUUUGUUUUAAAUGGCUAAAGCUUUGCCGCUCAUCAGUUGUGACUCUUGGGCCGAUAGCAUAAAUGAGGAAGAUGUGGAGCCCAAAUUCAAGUAUCACCGUCUCGCAAACGAUUUGAAAUACAUGCUCAAUGCUGAUGUCAUCACUUGUAGCGCUGUACACUUAAAGUUUCUUAUAUUUGGAACUUUCCGAGGGCGUGUUUGUAUAUUUGACCAUCAAGGAAACUCAGUCUACUCAAAUCUUAGCGCUAGCGAACGGUACACUCACCAAGUGGCAGUAAACAAUAUCGAUGUAGAUCAUAAGGGCGAGUAUGUGGCCACAUGCUCCGACGACGGAAAAGUCAACAUAACGGGGUUGUUUAGCUCUGAUAACAAUCACAGUCUUAGCUUUGGCAAAUGUAUAAAGGUCGUAUCACUGGAGCCCGAUUCCAAAGCUCACAUUAAGAGAUUUGUAGUGGGCGACGACAAACUUAUUUUGUACGAGCGUAACUUGCUAAAGAAGCUUAAACCAGUUGAACUGUGCUCAGUCGAAGGCAGUGUUUUGUCGAUCUGCUGGCACGGCAACUUUAUUGCCUGGGCAAGUCAUAUAGGAGUUCGAGUCUACGAUUUAAACGAAAGAUGCUCACUUGGAUUAAUAAAAUGGGAGGUUCCUCCUCAGGAGCGACUAGAAAAUUUUCGAUGCCACCUUCGCUGGUCCAACAAGCAUACAUUGUUGAUUGGCUGGGUAGACACUAUUCGUGUUUGCGUAAUUCGAAAGAGAAAUUCAAUCGAAGCUUCAACUGGCAAUCUGCCUGUCUACAUUGUGGAUCCAAUCUCGACAUUUCAAACAACUUUCUACGUAUGUGGGCUUGCACCAUUAUCUGCAAAGCAAUUGGUGGUUCUUGGCUUUCGCAAGGAAAAAAGCUCUUGUUUUAAAGCCCAACGACCUGUAUUAUGCGUUAUUGAAUACAAAAUGAAUAGCAGCGAGGAAAUCUGCACAGACAGUUUAACUUUACGCGGCUUUGAGGAGUACACCGUGAAUGACUAUAGUCUGGGUGGCAUAAUCGAGGAGAAUCGGUUUUAUAUUGUGGCCCCAAAGGAUAUUGUUGUAGCUAGUCUUAUUGAAACAGAUGAUCGUAUAGAAUGGUUGAUUAAACACAGUAAAUUUGAGGAGGCAAUGGAACUUAUAUCUGCGAAUGGAGGUAAUGUUCCCGUACUUUCCGUUGCCAAACUUUAUGUUAACCAUUUACUGGCGCUUAAGAAGUAUGAUGACGCAGCAAAACUUUGCCUCCGCAUGCUAGGCAAUGACAAAGUCCUUUGGGAAGAGGAAGUUUUUAAGUUUGUAAAGUGUCAGCAGCUACGAUCAGUUAGCGCCUAUCUGCCGACCUCCGACGAAUGCAAACUUGAUCCCCAUGUAUACGAAAUGGUUUUAUACGAGUUUCUCAAAUUUGAUGUAUGUGGUUUCUUGAAUCUUAUCAAAGAAUGGCCAUCUCAUCUUUAUGACGGCCUGGCUGUUAUUAACGCUAUUCACGAUAACUUUCGAAAGCACCAUGCCAAUCAGUUGCUGGAAUCAUUGGCUCUUUUGUAUUCCUAUCAAGGUGACUUCGAAAGUGCCCUUCGCAUGUAUUUAAAGUUGCAGAACAAGGAUGUCUUUCAAUUAAUUCGCCGGUAUGAGCUUUACGAUGUCAUUUCAAAACUGAUUAUUCCACUUAUUCAAUUGGAUCGUGACUGCGCCUUUGAAAUACUACUUGACAAGAAAAAAAUAAAGACUGAGAUAGUUGUCCACCAGCUAGAGCACAAACAAGAGUAUCUGUACUGGUACUUAGAUUCUUUACUUAAAAAGGAUCCCAGUAAUGUGUUUCAAAAAAAACUUAUCUCCUUAUAUGCCAUUUUCGAUCGAAACAAACUAUUGCCCUUUCUAAAGCGUUCAAAGGACUAUGACAUUCAGGAGGCGUUGGUCGUAUGCAAACAGGAAAACUUUUAUCCAGAAAUAGUCUACCUGCUCGGUUGUAUGGGUGGUGUAGAAGCGGCCGAAGCACUAAAUAUCAUUAUUCACCGCAUCAGAGACAUAGAAAUGGCCAUCGAGUUUUGCAAGGAGCACGAUGACAACGAUCUUUGGAAUGCACUUAUUAAUGAAUUUAGCAAUCAUCCUGAAAUCGUGACGAAAGUUUUGGACGGCAUAGUUGACUACUUUAGCCCAGCGGUGGUUGUUGGAAAGAUAAAAAUGGGACAGAACAUUCCAAACCUACGACAAUCACUUAUUAAAAUGCUGUGGCACUACAAUCUUCAAGGUGAAAUUUUAUCCUCUGCCCAACAAAUUCAACUUAGUGACUAUUUUGAAAUUCACUCGGAGAUAGUCACCACGCAAAGACGAGGUCAGCAGGUUUCCAACGAACAAAUGUGCUCAUUGUGCCACCGUCCAGUACUGAUGGUAGGCACACACUUUAAUUGUAUAACCAGCUUUGAAUGUGGUCAUGUAUACCAUAAACCGUGCAUACAAGGUAAAUUGCAGAAAAAUUGCAAAGAGUGUAACCUUUGGAACUUAACCGUGGAGAAAUAGGUUCAUAUCGACAUCAUAACUAUUAUCCCGGCGUCCUGUUAGGGGAAUUAAGGAUAAUUAAACUUUAUAGUUUAAUUUCCUACGCCCAUUGUUUUCAAACGUAUAUUUCCCAAAUGAGUUAAACAAUUUCUUUCAAAUUUCAUAUCCUUGUAACUAUUAAAUUCCAUAACUAUUGAUGUUCAACACUUUUUCACUAAUAAGCUUAGUUUCAGCUAUUUUUUUUUUUGUUAACUUCAUUUUCAUUUUAAGAUGCGAAUAGGAGAAGUAAAUAAUAUAGUAAAGCAAGCGAGCGAGGGAGGUGUGCUAAACAGAAGAACAAAAAACCUUGAAUUUCUUUUUGGCGCAUUUUGGUGGCUAUAUCAUUAAGUGUAAUCGUUACUUGGUGUAUGUGUUUUGCGUUUUGUGGACGUGGAAAGGCGUGGACGUGGAUUCGGAACCAUUCCUUCUACCUGAUACAUCUUUUACAUCUAGACGUGAAUGGUUUGAUGAACCAGCUUUUACUGUUAUAGCAUCUACAGUUAUAGCAUAGUAUACUAAAGUAUACUAGAGUAUUUUCGACCAUAUAAAGUAUAUAUAUCUUGAUCAGGAUCAAUAGCCAAGUCGAACUGGCAAUAUCGGUCUGUCCGUAUGUUGAUAUUAACAAUCCAGAGCAUAGAAGCAAUUUUGUUUCCACGCCUGUAAACCGCCACGCCAACAUUUUUGAAAAGUGUUUUGAGAUUUUUUUAUAUUUUUAGUAGUCUUGUAAAUUUUUCUCAUUAUAUUCUUCAAUAUCUAUCGAUAUGCCAUAAAUAUUAUUAGCUGAGUAACGUGCAUCUGAUAGUCGAGGAACUCGACUAUAGUGUUAGGAGUCUUAAAUCAGGCAAUCAGUCAGUGAGCCGCGGUAUGAUUUCGGUCACUUUAAGUGACGGAGCCGAGCAAGGAGGCAAACCCACGACGAGGACGCAGAAGAGUACGAGGACUCAACUUGGUCAGAAGGGACAGUGGAGACUUUGGUUAGCAAAGGUGGUUCUGCGACGAGCUUUGGUUCAACCUCACGGACGAUACACCUCCAUCAUAACAUUCUAGGUCUCUUUCGAGCCGGCAGAUGAUCCGUUGUUAGAGACGACAAGGGCCUGUCGUGGUCAGAAGAGACAGUAGAGUCAUUGGUCGGCAAAUGCGACAUAACGGACGAUACACCUGCAUAACCAUAACAUCCUUAGUCCCUUUCGAGCCGGCACGGGGCCGCUGUCAAGGACGUCGCGUGACAACAAAGGAGGGACGACGAAGGAGUAACGCCGCGCAGCAGACGGCGAGGACUGUAGGAAUCCAUUAUCGAGUGGUAUCUUAAUAAAGCUAAUUUAAUCUAAAA